GCUGCGAUGAGCCUCCAUACUAUCCAGCCCGCUCAAUCACUGUGAUAACGGCUAACGAUAUACUCUGAAGCAAACUCUGGACACCACUCCACUUCCUGCUGUAAACUUUAGUGGACCCUGCAGGACGUUCUGAAGAGCGGAGUAGUGGAGAAGCAGCAACUGGAUUUAGAAGGAAGCUACAAACUCCACAUCUAAUCGUAUCUGUAUCCAGUGUGUGCACCAUGGCAUCUAAACCACACCCUCCUCUGAUGAAGAAGCACAGUCAGACAGACUUGAUAAGUCGUCUGAAGAGCCGGAAGAUCCUUGGAGUCGGUGGCGAGGAUGAUGAUGGCGAAGUACAUCGCUCAAAGAUCAGUCAGAUGCUCGGAAAUGAGAUGAAGUUCGCAGUACGAGAGCCCAUUGGGCUGAGGGUGUGGAUACUCAUCUCUGCAGUGGGUUUCACAGUUAUGGCCUUGAUGGCCCUGCUGUUUCCCAACCAGCUAUAUGAGGUCGUUUUUGAGGAAGAGCUCUCCACGACCAGUAUCUCCAUUCGCCUUUAUGGAGGAGCACUGCUUAGUCUGUCGCUCAUCAUGUGGAAUGGUCUCUACACAGCAGAGAAGAUCGUCAUCCAGUGGACUCUGCUCAGUGAAGCCUGCUACUUUGCUGUCCAGUUUCUAGUGACAUCCAUCACCUUAAUGGAGAUCGGCAUCCUGCCCAAUGCUGCCAUGCUUCUGCUCCUCAGUCGCGUGCUCUUCCUGGUGGUCACCAUGGCUUACUACUACCACCUGGGCCGUAAGCCGAAGAAGAUCUGAGCUGACCGUGUGAUAUUUCCAGGGAGGGGACAGCAGAGCACAGAUCACAAACAAGGGGUCAGAAGGUUUGGAAUAUGAUUUGAUUGGGGCAUGGAGCAUUACUUUUGCCAGUGGAUGCCCCCUGCCCCUGUCCAUGGGACCUAGCCUAUUGUAACCCCCAGUAUUCAACAGAUGAGCACAGUCUCACAUUCCAGACUCUACAACAAGAACGAGAAACCUCAUAGUGAAGGUGAAUUGCUCUUAUGCCGGACUGUGAGGUCAAGCCCCUCUUGACACACAUUCCUCCUUUGUGCAGUUCUGAGUACGGUUAUAAGAGGAGCUAGCCGUUUGUAGUGCAUUGUGUUCCUUGUGUCACAUAGAUUUAAUUUGUACAGUACAUAUGACUGUGUUAAUGUACAGCCACAUGGUUUCUAUAUUCAGUAUUUAGUGUUAUCUAAAGUUGCAUCUUGACACUGCUUUUUAAUCCCACCAAAGGACCAAGAGUUGUUUCCUGUUUGAUGCUGUCAAUGUUGACUCACACUGUAUGUACGCUAAAGUGAAGCCUCAAUAUCUGUGCUUUUGCAUUCUUCUCUGACAGCGCUCCACUGAACACACCAAAUGGAGAAACUGUUCUUAGUGCAAGAUUCAGGUAUAGUCAGAUAAGCUAAAUGCUGGAUGAUUGACAGUGAACCUUUUCUUAUACUGCUGAUGGCUUUCUUGGUCAGCACACUGGGGAAACUCCCAAAGGUCAGUUUUUACUCUCAGUCAUGCCCAUCCACCAUGUCCAGAUACCCAAAAAGAAAUGCUGAAUCUAAACAUUUUUCAGGGACAAAGUGAUUUUUUUUUUAUUCCUCGAGGUGUCAGUCAAGAAGUUCUACCAAAGUGAAUAGGAAUAAUUUUGUACGGAACUACUGAGAUGAAUACAUGUAAUGUCAAGAAAUGAGAACUGCCUCAUAGAAGAGCAGCAGCGUCUCCUUGUUGUGUGUAUGUGCGCUGGUGGGCAGGACUUUAGCUGGAGUGAUCUUAUAGUAAAGCUGGCGUCACAAGCCGAGCAUGUCGGUGUGCAAAGCCAACAAGCCUGAGCUGGUUCCUCUUUAGUGAUGUAGCACAGUUUUUACAUACACCUUACCUUAGCCUUAAAAUUCACUUAACAGUCAUUAACACUGCAUCCGUCUUCUUGUACAUAUGUAAAUAAAAGUAUUUACUAUUACGUGGUGUUCUUGUGAACCGAACAGGGAACUUGUUCAGUAUUAGUUAAAUGACUUUCAAAGAUUGAUCUUUCUCUCGGUGUGUCUUAUUUUGUACCUAUUUAAUUGUGUUUUUGACGUCAUGCAUGCAAUAUAAUCCACCAAAAGAAAUAGAAGUGUGUAGCAAGCUGCCACCAACUAGAACGCAAAGUUGAUAAAGAUUUUAAUGGCGGUGAAUUGAUGCAUUAGUCGAAUAUAGCAAAGAAAAAAAGCCUUAAAAAGGAAUUUUGACUUACAAGGCAGUUAAACUAUAUGUGCUUUAAAACAGAUACAACACAUAAUAGUUCACCCAAUCAAAUACUUUUUCUACCUCCCAGUACUUUGCACGCCCUCAGGUACGCGACAUCCUAACUCUGUUUUAGAGCUCUGCCAAUAAUAUUAUCAUCAGAUGAUCUCUGCAACUCAAAAAAGCCAGUCAAGAAAAGAUACUUUAAAAAUAGCUGACUCAUUUUUGUAUGUUUAUUUUGAGUCGAACAAGAAACUGCAGGUCUCUUCCAAAGGUGGUCCAUCCAUAUUGUUACAAAUGACCACGUUCAGUCCUGCCCUUGAAGGGAGUGGUCCUGAGGUCGGAGUGAUUGUGGGUUUGCAGUUGAGAGUCCAGCACUGAAGGCAGAUGUGCUUGUUACUUGGGUGAGUUUUCAGUUCAGAUAGAGAAAACAUGAAACAUGGGUGAGGUCUACCGUACUCCUGAAAAGUUGUAAUUAUCCUUUUUUCCAGUGUUUAAUUAGAUGCAGCUCUCCCGAGUGACAUUGUGUGCCCCAACCUACUGCUCCGUCCUGACUAGCGUGGUAAUUAUGGAGUUCAAGAAAAACGUCGCUCCAUUUCCGUCGAUACUUCAGGCCUCAAAUCAUCAGCCCUGUGACUUGUUCAAAGGCCUGUGCAGCAGGUUAUUUUAGGAGAGAUUCGGGGGGACGGGCAGAAGAAGGCAGGCAAAGAAACAGCUCUUUCAUCCUCCUGGUUCUCUGACGUAAAUUAGUCCAAAAAUGACAUUAGUAAGAUAUGUCCUUGACAUUUUAGAGGAAUGGUAAAUUGAGCUAUUCAUUCCCUCGGAUGUAGAUCUAACAUAUAUUGUACUGUUGUGAAUAGCAUACCAGGUCGAACAGUUUCAAGUUGUAGCAUUGUGUUUUUAUGUAUAUAUGUGCUAUAUUGUACCUCAAAAAUGAAUUGUUGUGGAUUUCCACUAUUUAGUUUGAAAUAAAGGACACUACUGUUUAUUUUGAAGACUUCA